UUGAUUGGUCCAAAUUGGCUAAAUUCGGCUGGCAUCCAGGCUGUUGGUCAGUGUACUAAACUCAGAAAUGGUGGCAGUCCUUCGUCUGUAAUUCCUCGUUUCUUGGACACUGGUUAUAGUUUAUAUUUUUGUAACGAUGCCGGGGAUGUGCUCUGUGCCGGGCUGCAAGGGCUACAAGAAGGCGAGGUCCCGGGGAGUCGUCUUCCACUCCCUGCCUACAAGAGACCCGGGGAGAUGCAGAAAGUGGUUAAAGGCCAUACAUAAUCCCAAAUUUGACGAAAACACAUCAGUAAGUAAAUACGGCAAUAUAAGGGUCUGUAGCCAGCAUUUUAAACCGGAAGAUUACGAACCGGACAUACAAGCAGAACUUAUGAAAACAACGCCCCGAAAAAUCCUCAAAUCCGGCGUAGUACCAACCGUUUUCUCUGGAAGACAGCAAGAGGACCACAGAACAUCCCUGCCAGCAAAUGACAGAGGCCGAACAGAGGGUCUGAGUACAUCUUCACAGGCUUCUUUCCUGGGUACUGGUGUCGAUACUGCACCAUCUCCCUCCCUGCCAAUUCCUUUAUCCCAGAUUGCCUCAAGCAUCCCCUCCCAGCCCCCUCUUCCAGCUGAACUCAGUGGAAGUUUGUGCAGCGUGGCAUCUGUGGAUCGUCUGAAGGAGAGGUUCCGCCAAGAGACUGAGUUGAGCUCGACAGUAACAUCAAAAUCUGAUGAGAACACAGAAAAAGACUUGAGCCAAUCAAAGACUAUUGUAAAUGACAGCUGUUUGAUGGAGCUGUUUAAGAAGUGUCAGACCUGUGGACAGCCCAUAACCAAAAAUAAGGUGUCUCACUGUGGUGCACAGACAAAGGUGUGGUGGAGCUGCCUUGGUGGACACAAGGGCAUAUGGAUGUCAUCACCUCACCUUUGGGAGGCGUUUCCUGAAAUCCACCUUCUUACAACUCUUUCUGUUCUUUUUUCUGGAGGCACCUUUACACACUUUAAAAAAUGGGCCAAACACCUGCACCUGAAUUUCAUGGGGCAUAAAACCUUUUUUGAAAUUCAAAAGGCAUACCUCAACCCAGAAAUGAAACCAAUGAACAGGACUGAGCAGGAACAGAUCUUUGCAAAGAGCGUCCACAAACGGCCUGAAGGCAUUCUUCUUCACAUUUCAGAUCCUCUGAAGAAAAUGAAGGCAAAGUCAAGGAGAAGAGAGAAGGGAGCUCUGUCGUUAAGCUAUGAGAAGAGAUCCCCCUUAUUGGCGUCUACUGAAAUGUGUCUGCAAGAACCAACUGCACUAUCAAGUCUUGGACGUCUAUCGGCCUCUGAAAAAGGUAAACGGAAACAUGAACAUCGGAGUGAAACCACACAUGUGGCAUCAGAGGUGGACUGGAUUCAGGACAGUUUUGAGGAAAUGGAGGUCACCAUUGAAGACGAUGAAUUCAACAGUGUGAAGAACAGACUAUCUGACUUGACUAGUGAUAUGGAAAACGUUGAAGAAACAACUGAGCCGAGUGCUCUAGGAGCGGCUGAUAGCUGUGAUGAAGACGUCUACGUACCAAUAAUUCCUCAGAGGUCCAAAACAUCUGAACUUUUACUGGAAUGUGAAGAAGAGGAGCUGGAGCCAUGGCAGAAACACACUUUACAUGUUCACUUGAAAGAAGAGACUGAUGUCAAAGAGGAGGAUGUUGGAGAGUUGAAUGAUGACCAAUUGGAGUGUAAACCAGAUCCUUCACCUCUUCAGAACUGGUCAGCUGGUCAGCACACCCUAAAACCUGAGGCCAAUGGUUUUGUCCACACUUCUGAGGUGCAUCAAAUCAGCAACAACCCUGUGUCUUUAUCCAGUGUUCAGAGUCCGGAAGUAUGUGCGACAUCAUCUAACCAGCUGCAGUCAGAGCAGUCCAACUCACAGACCCUCUCUGUACCUUUGUCUCUGCCAUGCUUAGCUGAAGUCAAACUUGAGUCAACUGGCACAUCAGACAAACAUAAUACCUAGAAGGGCAGACCUAGAGUGUAGACCUACGCCAAGGCCAUACCCUAGAGCUCUGCACUGUAUCCUUAAUUCCACUCCCGAUUGCAUUGUGUACGUCUGCUCCCGCCCGUACCCGAAAAAAAUAUGAUUUUUAUAUUUCCAAAAGUUCUGUGAGACGUUGAUGAGGAGAAAUCUGCUAAAAUCAGCAAGACACCACAGUAACUGCAGAAAGAGCUGGGUUGUGUUGAAGUGGUGUUGAGAAGGUCACUCUCGCUGGACUGCUUUUUCUUACUUACCAUUUCAUGUUAAUGAGAAACACGGUCAGAGCGGGACUGUGCAGCCGGCGAGCGGUUUAUGAUCUGCUUUAAUCUUGUUUUCAACUUCAUUUGUUGACUCCCUCCUUUGUCCUCCAUACACUGUUGUCUUCACUCGGAGCAAAGAGAGAGUUGUGUUGUCCUGAUGGAUCCCAAUGGAGUUUAUUUUCUAAAGCGAAAAAUAAUUUGUGCACCAUUUGUUCCAUGAUUUGGAACUGCUCUAAAAUGUAGUGGGUUCUUCUUUGGCCCUUCCACCAUGGUUUCAUAAAAAUCAGGCCAGUAGUUUUUCAGUAAUCAUGCUGACAGACAAAAAAACAACAACAAACCGACAAAUUGAGUCGAAAAAUGAACCUCCUUGGCGAAGGUAAUAAACGUUAUGUACCAACAGUUAUUAUGAAUAAGUUAACAAGUUGUCAUAAUUACACACAUGUUGUCUAACAUAAAUGUGUCCUAGCCAAUGCACAAAUGAACAACAUGGUGAACCUGUCACCUAAUUUUCUAAAAUCAACAACUUUGUACCAGCCAGUCAGUUACAUUCCAUGUCAAAGGUACGUUUUAUUGUAUUAUUACAGUAAAAUAAAUUCUUAAAUUAAAACCCAUUUUCAAGUGC